AGGAGUUAAUGAAAGUGUUUCCGGAUUUCAAGACUAAAUUUCUUCCCGACGUUGACAAAUCAGAAAUAGGAAACACAUAUGGACGAAUGUUCGGCAGGUACGGUGGAUCAUAUGUGUUCACGAUGACAACAUCUUCAAAACAUGAGCAAGAGGUUGAGAGAUUGGUUUCAACUGUCUCUCCCAACGCCAAGAAGAUAUAUCAUCUCGCCGGUACACAGAAAUUCGAGCUUCCGAAGCACGAGGUUAGCAUUGCUGAAGUGUUUCGUGCUGUAGAAAAGGCCAAAUCAAACUUUUCAGUCUUUGCUUGAGGACUCGCCGACACAACUCUUGAAGAUGUCUUCAUCAAAGUCGCUAGAACUGCUCAAGCCUUUAUUUCCUUGUCUUAAAAACAACUUUUUUUUUCAGUUAGGGUUUCUCUUUUUUUUUUUUUUUUUAUCAAAAUUAUAUGUCUUGAGACACACUCAAACUUAUAACCAACCUGUAAAUAGUCAAGCCAGCUGUAUAUAUAUUAUGUAGUACACAUUUUUAGCAUAGAUGGUUUCAAUCGAUUUGAGAUGUCUCAUAUAUAAUCAUUCGUUUUGACAUA